AUGGGGCCAGAUGUUGAGGAUGUCAUCAAACUAGAUGUCAAGACGCUGAGAUCUGAACUGGAGAGUGAGAAAGAGACGCUGAGAUCUGAACUGGAGAGUGAGAAAGAGACGCUGCGAUCUGAACUGGAGAGCGAGAAAGGUCAGUGUCUGGGGCCAAUGGGUUGGGAGAAAGCCCGACAAUAUGCAGUGGAGGUGACUCUGGAUCCAGACACGGCAAAUCCCUGGCUCGUCCUGUCUGAGGAUCGGAAACGUGUGAGAGACGGAGACACACGCCAGGAUCUGCCCAACAACCCUGAGAGAUUUGAUCAUUGUGUCUGUGUCCUGGGCGCUGAGGGGUUCGCGGGUGGGAGGCGUUACUGGGAGGUGGAGGUGGGAGACAAGCCUGAGUGGACUCUGGGGGUUUGUAGGGAAUCUGUGAGCAGGAAGGGGUGGGUCACAGCCACACCUGGGAAUGGAUACUGGGUCGUGUGGCUGUGGGAUGGGGGAUACAAGGCCUUCACCUCCCCCUGGACCCCCCUCCCCGUGAGCGUCAGGCCCAGCCGGGUGGGGAUUUUCCUGGACUAUGAGGCGGGCGAGGUCUCGUUUUACAAUGUGACUGACGGGUCCCAUCUCUUCACUGUCACUGACACCUUCUCCGGGACGCUCCGCCCUUAUUUCUAUCCUGGUCUAAACGCUGGGGGUGAAAACGCGGCUCCCCUGAUCAUCUGCCCGGUCCCAGCUCAGGCCGGAGGGAAUCUCUGUCCCUGACAGUGACCCCGCGGCACAGACUGUCCCCUCCCAGCGCUGCUGCUCUUCCCGCCCCCAGUGGUGGGGGCCAGUUACUGCAGGAACUGGAGUUUUUGUGCUGACCGGGUGCUGC